AUAUUCGUAUUAGGGAAGGAAUGUAACCCGAUGAUACAAUCACAGCAUAGGCACAAUUUCGUUACCUAACAAUGUGAGGUUGAGAGUGCAUGAACUACAAAACAAAAUCACUCCAUUGAACUCCAGAGGUUUGUUGGGCAAUGGGCCAAAAGUCGGGUUCCACGGCAAGACUAAUGGGAUACUUGUGAUAUUAUUUGUCAUUAGGCUUUCAUUGAAAUAUCUCAUUAUUUCAAAAUGUCUCCAAACGAGACAUUGCAAAUCUCCAAUACUAUCGAAAAAGAAGUGGACAUAUAUCGCGAUACUCCCGUGAGAUUCUUGGGCUACUCCAAUGAGGUGGGUGAAGCAUUCCGUGCCUUAGUUCAUGUCAAUUGGGUGCGGGCCUCAUAUGGAUUGGCCUCAGCUUACGUAUUAGCCGAUACCAAUGACAAAGCCACCAAGAUGGGACGCUCUUUGAGCGAUUCUGAUCCCAAUCGAACCAAGAAAAUGGCCAUUGCCGCGUUUGACACAUUGGUAUGGCAGGCUUUGGCAUCGGUUAUGAUCCCCGGAUUCGCCAUAAAUCGUCUAUGUGCGGGUUCGCUGUACGCCAUGGCUCGAAUGGCGCCAGGUGUGGCCGAAACCACGCGCAAAUGGGCUACUACGGCCAUUGGAUUAGGCGUGAUUCCGUUCAUUGUACAUCCAAUUGAUGCGGCGGUUCAUUAUGGAAUGGACAAGACCACUCGGGUAUGGAUUGGAGGGGUGUCUGUCAACGAUUAGUGCAAUUUUACCUAAUGGAAUUCAUUACCCGCAAGGUCAAGGAAACCCAUGCCUUCCAAAUGAAAUGAGAUUCAAAUUUGACGGUCACGUAACGAAAUGUGUUUUUAUUCGCGUGCAUCAACAAUCAAAGAGCAUCAACAUCAGUAAUAAAUAGAUAAUUUAUCCUAUCCUAUAAAUGAGAAGAGAAA